AUGUUGCCUGUGGGACAGAUCAGAUGGUGGUUGUGGGGUCCACUGGUACUGCUGGCUCUAACUUCCCAUUUCACCGGCCAGGCCCAGGGCCAAGUGCCAGCUCCAAGGAGGUUGCGUUUUAAGGUGAUCGGCCCAAACAAGCUCCAUGUUUCUUGGAAGGAACCCAAAGGGGACUUUGACAGCUAUCGAUUUCGAUUCACCAGUUUACCAGGUGGACAGCAGAGGCAGAUCAGUGUACCUAAAACAGACACCAAGGUGGUGAUAACAGACUAUAACCCUACCAAGGACUAUGUCGUUCAUGUCAUUGCUGUCAGUGGCAGCCAGCCGAGCAGAGCACUUCAGGGCAGGCAUAAAGCUAAUUAUGGAGACCGUUAUGGAGGAGAGGAAACUCAACCACAGAGGCUGAAGGAGUCAGCUGUACCUCCUGAAGAUGCCAAUGAGAUCUUUGGAGUAGAUCCGUUUGUGUGUCACACCCAGGCCAUAGCAGAUAUAGUCAUCUUGGUGGACGGGUCCUGGAGUAUUGGACGGAUCAACUUCCGGCUGGUCCGGUUGUUCCUGGAAAACUUGGUCAACGCCUUUGAAGUCGGCAUCGACAAGACGCGAAUAGGACUGGCCCAGUACAGUGGUGAUCCCAGGAUAGAGUGGCAUCUUAAUGCCUUCACCACUAAAGAGGCUGUUCUUGAUGCUGUCAAAAACCUUCCCUACAAAGGAGGAAACACUCUUACAGGCCUUGCAUUGACCUAUAUCAUGGAGAACAGUUACAAGCCGGAGUCUGGAUCAAGGAGCGGCAUUCCCAAAAUUGGGAUUCUCGUCACGGAUGGGAAGUCCCAGGAUGACGUCGUACCCGCUGCUGAGAGUUUGCGAGCGUCUGGGGUCGAGCUGUUUGCUGUUGGUGUGAAGAAUGCUGAUGAGAACGAGUUGCGUUCCAUCGCCUCAGAGCCUGAUGAAACUCACGUCUACAAUGUGGCCGACUUCAGUAUUAUGAGCUCCAUAGUGGAGGGACUGACCAAGAUAGUGUGUGAGCAGGUGGAGCAGCAAGACAAGGACAUCAAACUGAGACAUACAGAAGAGGAGAUAGAGAUAGGCCCACCCUCUGACCUGCUGACGUCAGAUGUCACAGCCAGGAGUUUCCAGGUCUCAUGGAGCCAUGCCCCCGGAAAUGUAGAGAAAUACAGAGUGGUUUAUUACCCUGCUCAGGGAGGCAAACCAGAUGAGGCUGUGGUGGAUGGCAGUGAGACCUCGGUGAUGUUACAGCACCUCAGCUCUCAGACAGAGUACCAAGUGGCUGUGUUUGCUGUGUACACCAGUGAGGCAAGUGAAGCCUUGAGAGGAUCAGAAACAACAUUGGCCCUCCCUACAGUGACUGGCCUCCAGCUCUUUGAUGUAAGCCACAGCACCAUGAGAGCAAGCUGGGACAGUGUGGAGGGAGUGUCUGGCUACAUGCUGCUGUACGCACCGCUCACUGAGGAUAGCGCUUCGGAGGAGAAGGAGAUAAAAGUAAGAGAGUCGGUUACAGAGUUGGAACUUGAGGGGUUAAUCCCCGACACCGAGUACGCCGUCACUGUCUAUGCCAUGUACGGCGAGGAGGCCAGUGAUCCUGUUACUCACCAGGAAACUACAUUGCCACUGAGCCCUCCCAGAAACCUGCAGUUUUCAGACAUCACUCAUAACUCUGCCCAUAUUAGCUGGGAUCCUGCCCCCAAAGGGGUCAAAGGUUACCGUAUAGUGUGGGUGAAGACAGAUGGACUGGAAACUUGGGAGAUGGAGGUGGGUCCUGUGAGCUCCCAUGACCUCAGUGAGCUGACUUCUCUGAUGGAGUACUCAGUGGCCAUCUAUGCCAUUUAUGAUGAGGGUCAAUCAGAACCACUCACAGAUGGAUUCACAACCACUCCAGUACCUGGUCCUCUCAACAUGCACACCAGUGAUAUCACUGCAGACAGCUUCCGGGUCAGCUGGGAUCACUCAGCCGAUGACAUUGUCCUCUACAAGCUCUCCUGGACACCAUACGCUGGGGGCGAUGUCAAAGAAGUGGUUUUGAGCAACACUGACAACAGCUAUCGGCUGACGGGUCUCAGCCCCUCCACGGAGUAUGAAGUCCUGCUCUCGGCCACGUUCAAAGACAAGUCAGAGAGUGACACCAUCUCUGUUAUAGAGACCACAUUGGCCAGGACAACUACAGUUGCUACAACUACCCCAGUGGCCCGUCAGGCAGUGAGAAACCUUCAGCUGAGUAAUGAGACCACCCACAGCAUGGAGGCAUCCUGGGAGCUGGAUGACCCCCAUGUAGAGAGGUACCGGGUUUCCUAUGGUGGCUUUGGGGGCGACCCCACAGUGGAGUCGGUGUUAGUACCUGCUGGGCAGAUGAGAACAGUGUUACAGUCUUUACUAUCAGACACCCAGUACAAAGUGACAGUCACACCAGUCUACAAAGACGGACAGGAUGGCAUAAGUGUCUCAGCCCUGGGAGUUACUUUGCCUCCCUCGCCGCCGACAAAUCUCCGUAUUUCAGAGGAGUGGUACAACCGCUUUAGAGUCACCUGGGAUAUGCCUCGGUCUCCUGCCACGAGCUAUAAGAUAGUUUACCAGCCCAUUUCUGCUCCAGGACCUACUCAAGAGACAGCGGUCGGCAAAGAUGUCAACUCCAUGCUGCUCCUGAACCUGCUGAGUGGGACAGAGUACAGCGUUCGAGUGACGGCCUUAUACCCUACAGGGAAGAGUGAACCGCUCACGGGAAGUGCUAAGACAUUGUUUUUAGGUGUUUCUGGCUUAUCUACUUACCAGGUGCGUCCCAGCAGCAUAUGUGUCCAAUGGAAGCCUGUUCUCCAAGCCACAUCAUACAGAGUGGCCAUACAGUCCACGCUAAAUGGUCAGAAGCAGGAGGUGAGCCUUGGAGGCGGAGCUACUCGGCAAUGCUUCUACGAUCUCACACCCAGUAGCCAAUACCAGAUCAGCGUUCACACCCAGAUCAGGGAAAUGGAGGGACCGGCGGUCUCUAUCACUGAUAUGACACUGCCAGCCCCUACCCUGGCUCCAACUGAACCCCCUGCCACGGACCCCCCUCCCACAAUUCCACCUGCCAAAGAAGUGUGUAAGGAGGCCAAGGCUGACUUGGUGUUCCUUGUGGAUGGCUCCUGGUCUAUUGGAGACGACAAUUUCCAGAAGAUCAUACGUUUCCUCUACAGCACCAUGGGAUCAUUAGACCUUAUAGGAUCAGACGGCACGCAGGUGGCCAUAGCCCAGUUCAGUGAUGAUGCACGGACGGAGUUCCAGCUGAGUUCCCAUGGUAACAAGGAGGCGCUGCUGGAAGCCAUCCAGAGAAUCAGAUACAAGGGAGGAAAUACUAAGACAGGUCGAGCAAUUAAGCAUGUGAAGGAAUCCAUUUUCACCCUGGAGGGAGGGGCCAGAAGAGGCAUUCCCAAAGUCUUGGUUGUCCUGACUGAUGGUCGUUCCCAAGAUGACGUCAACAAAAUUUCCAAGGAGAUGCAGAUGGAUGGCUAUAUUAUCUUUGCCAUUGGCUUUGCUGAUGCGGACUACGGGGAGUUGGUGAACAUAGCCAGCAAGCCCAGCGACAGACAUGUCUUUUUUGUUGAUGAUUUGGAUGCUGUGAAGAAAAUAGAAGAACAGCUGAUUACUUUUGUCUGUGAGGCUGCAACUGCUACUUGUCCGUCAGUUCUUAUGAGCGGCAACACAUUGGCAGGUUUCCGCAUGAUGGAGAAGUUUGGCCUGGUAGAGAAGGAAUACAGCACUGUACCAGGAGUUUCUCUGGAGCCUGGAUCAUUCAACAGCUUCCCCUGUUAUAGGCUGCACCGAGAUGCUCUGGUGUCUCAACCCACCAAGUACCUCCACCCUGAAGGCCUUCCUUCUGACUAUACCAUCUCUAUGAUGCUUCGCCUGCUUCCCGAGACACCUCAAGAACCAUUUGCUUUGUGGGAAAUCCUCAACAAAGACAACGAGCCAUUGGUUGGGCUCAUCCUAGAUAACACUGGAAAGACUCUGACCUUCUUCAACUAUGAUUAUAAAGGAGACUUCCAGACUGUCACUUUUGAAGGAGCUGAGAUCAAGAAGAUCUUCCAUGGCAGUUUUCACAAGCUCCAUGUAGCCGUCAGUAAGACCUCAGCCAAGGUGGUCUUAGAUUGCUCUGCGGUCGGAGAGAAAGCCAUCAAUGCAGCCGGCAACAUCACCAUAGAUGGUGUGGAGAGCCUGGGACGGAUGGUUAGGUCCAGAGGCAGACGGGACAACUCUGCUCCUUUCCAGCUCCAGAUGUUUGACAUCAUUUGUAGUACUUCCUGGGCCAGCAGAGACAAAUGUUGUGAACUGCCAGCUCUGAGAGUUGAAGAGCAAUGCCCACCAAUGCCUCACGCCUGUACCUGCUCCCAGGACAGCAAGGGACCCCCAGGACCCUCUGGACCCCCUGGGGGUCCAGGCAUCAGGGGAGCCAGAGGAGAUAGAGGAGAGCCAGGAGUGACGGGACCCCAAGGCCCAGUGGGAGAAAGUGGCCCUCCUGGACCACAAGGGCCUCCUGGUCCUCAGGGACCAAGCGGACUCUCUAUACAAGGACCCCCAGGUGCUCCUGGAGAGCGGGGAGAAAGAGGCGAGACGGGCUUGCCAGGCUCAAUAGGUGUUCCUGGAGGUGCAGGUUCACCUGGGAGAGAUGGUCCACCAGGAGCAAGGGGUCUACCUGGUAAAAAUGGACCGCAGGGACAACAGGGACCUCCUGGACCCAUAGGAACCCCAGGGGCACCCGGAGCCCCAGGUCCAGGUGGGUCUUCAGGGCCACAGGGAGAUCAGGGAGUUCCCGGUCCUGUUGGUAUUAAAGGUGACAAGGGAGAGAGAGGUGAUGUUCAGUCCCAAUCUUCAGUUCGUGCCAUUGCACGGCAAGUCUGUGAACAGCUCAUCCAGAGCCACCUGUCCCGCUAUAACUCGAUCCUAAACCAGAUCCCUGUCCAGCCAGCAGCAUCAGUCCGAACAGUGCCAGGGCCGCCUGGAGAGCCUGGUAGGACAGGACCCGCAGGACCACAGGGAGAGCAGGGUCCACCCGGCAGACCAGGCUUCCCUGGUACCAACGCCCAGAAUGGACGACCAGGGGAGAGAGGUCUUCCAGGAGAGAAAGGAGAAAAGGGGAGUCAAGGGGUUGGAAUUCAGGGACCUCGAGGACCACCUGGACCCCCAGGUAUACCAGGUGAAGGUAGGACAGGCAGUCAGGGACCCCCUGGAAGGCCUGGUAGCCAGGGAUCUCCAGGCAGACCGGGGACUCCAGGUGCCACAGGAUCAGCCGGCUCACCAGGCUACUGUGACCAGAGCUCAUGUGUGGGAUACAACGUCGGAGCUCAACAGGACUAUGAGAAUGACUACUGAGGACCAUUCUCCUAUAGCACUCGAACCGUCCUCCUCUCCCU